GCGAGUUUGGCUGCCCUGUUUCCUGACAGAAAGCCGAGCCAGAGACAGCCGAAAUAAGCCACACCUAAAUCUGUUCAGGCACUGAGAGGAAGCAGCUCUUCUGGACCUUUUAGAACCGGGGUCCUUAGCGGGUGUAAAGAGUCCAUGGCCGGGCAGAUGUAUCCAGGCAGCCCGGCGCAGGCGGCGGAUCACGGGGGCAACUCGGAGCAGCUGAGCCCCUCCGCUGUCAACCGCGUCUUAAUGGAGUUCCUCAUGUACUUCGGGCGGGCCGUGUUCUUCUUCUACCCGGUGUACCUGACCGGCUACCUGGGCCUCAGUAUCAGCUGGGUGCUGCUAUGCAUGCUCAUGGUCACCUGGUGGAAGAAAAACCGUCAGUGGAAGGACGCACGGAUCGGAGGUGCCAUUGAAUUUGUGGACAACGAAACGCACGUGAUCAACACAGAGCUGAAGAGUGGAUUACAGAUGGCAUCAUGGGUCCAUUUCACUAAUGUUGAGAAAGUGCACUGGGUUAACAAGGUGUUGGAGCAGGCGUGGCCUUUCUUUGGGAUGUACAUGGAGAAGUUACUCAAAGUAAACAUCCAGGCGGCCGUCAGGCAGUCCAACGCUGCACUCAAGACGUUCACUUUUACCAAGGUCCACUUUGGCCACAUUCCUCUCAGGAUCACUGGAAUGAAAGCCUACACCCAUGAAGUGGAUCAGAGGGAGGUGGUUCUGGACUUAAAUAUUUGUUAUGACGGUGAUGUGGACAUCGAUGCUGAGGUGAAGUCGCCGAUCACAGCUGGUGUGAAGGGACUUAAACUCCAGGGGAUGCUAAGAGUCAUUUUAGAGCCUCUUAUUGGUGAAGCACCGCUGGUGGGAGGGGUCACCUUUUUCUUCAUUCGCCGCCCUACGCUACAGAUCAACUGGACAGGUGCAACCAACCUUUUGGACAGUCCUGCCUUUAGUUCACUGUCUGAGGACACGAUAAUGAACAUCAUCGCCUCUCUCAUGGUGCUGCCCAACCGCAUGUGUAUUCCCCUCAUAGAUCAGGUCAAAGUGGACCAGAUGAGGUUCCCACUUCCUCGUGGAGUGGUGAGAGUCCAUUUGCUGGAGGCCAGAGACCUGUUGGCGAAGGAUACAUACAUGAUGGGCUUAGUGAAAGGCAAAUCAGACCCCUACGCCACACUCAGAGUCGGCAACCGACAAGUCAAAAGCAAAACCGUCAAAGAGGAUUUGCACCCAAAAUGGAAUGAAGUGUAUGAGUUUGUUGUGCACGAGGCCCCGGGUCAAGAGCUGGAGGUGGAGCUGUAUGACGAAGACACAGAUAAAGAUGACUUGCUUGGAACAUAUAACCUUGACUUCGGCGAGGUGAAGAAGGAGAAACAAAUGGAUCAGUGGUUUCCUCUGGAGGGGGUUCAGUAUGGGGAAGUUCGUCUCAAGCUCCAGUGGCUUUCCCUUCAGGCUGACUCCAGCCUGCUAAAGGAGUCUACAGAUGGGCUUGCUUGUGCUAUGCUUGCAGUGUAUCUGGAAAAUGCCUCAAACAUACCGAAAGACCACAGUGAGAUCACAGAGCAUCACAAACAUGGGAAGCAUUCAAAGGAAGCACGGCUCACAAGGAGAACUGCCAAUCCCAACUCCUUUGUGGAAUUUUCCAUUGAUAAGGAUGUUCAGAAAAGCAAGGUUGUGUAUGCAUCUAAAGACCCAGUGUUUGAGGAGGGAUUCACCUUCUUUGUGCAUAGCGUCAAAACACAGCAGCUCACAGUUCAGGUCAAAGAGCCUGAGAAGAAGACUGCACUCGGUGUUCUGAACUUGCCUCUCAGUCGCCUGCUCAACACCUCCAACAUGACUCUAGACCAGCGUUUCCCCCUGGAGCGCUCUGGGGCAAACAGCCAUAUCAAACUGAAGGCCACUCUCAGGAUUCUCACUGAGGACCAGCCGCCACCCAAGAUUAUUCUGGAUCCUCCUCCACAACCCAAACAGCAAACGCUACAGAGCAACCAAGGAGGUGACGCCAGUCUCUCCACUGGUGUAUCCUCGACUCCAGAAGUUUCCUCCAACAACAUACCCGCUGCCUCUCCUCCGACCCGAUUGGCUUAUUCACAGAAUGGCUCAAGUGAAGAAUAUUUAGCUCACCCCCAUGGCUCCUACCUGGCUGGUGAAACCUGGAAGUCACCUUCUUCCCCACAAAACAUGCGUCGAUUCGACUCUCACAGCCUGCUGUCAGAGAACUCCAUCGCUUCAUCACGUUUCGACCUCUCAGACGGAGCCUGCUAUCCAGAGGCCAUUAGAAAACAUCAGGGUUCAUUUGGAGAGAUAAACCUGACUGUGCGGUAUGCUACCCUGAGGAACAAACUCAUCGUCAUUGUUAACUCUUGCAGGAACUUAUUCCCCUGCAGUGAGAACGGCACAGACUCUUACGUCCGCCUGUAUUUGCUGCCUGACCAAACCUGGAGACACCGCAAGAAGACGCAUGUCAAGAAGAGGACGGUCAAUCCUGCCUUCCAUGACAAGUUUGAGUUUGAUGUGCCACUUCAGGAAGCACAUACUAGGAAGUUGGAUGUGGCAGUGAAAAAUAACAGGAUGUUUCACACUCGAGAGAGGAAAGACAUUGGCAUGGUGAUGUUAGAUCUUUCACAGCUGGAUAUAGUCAAAGGCAUCACAGAAUGGUUUGAGCUCACACUGCCCGGGCUGAAGAAAUUGUUCUAGCAGGUAGACCUGAAAAGCUUUUGUUUGCCGCUGAAAAAGCCCCUCCUCAGCCACUGCAGUGCGAAGUGCUGACACGAUGCUUCGAGAACUUACCAUCACAGACUAGCGUUGUUUUUUUUCUUCCCAAAACACAUCCCAGAUGCUGGACUUCGCUUACAGUCAUGAUCACAGGCACAUAUAGUACCAUUUCAAGCCAAAGGUUUUCUUAAAUUCUUAUUGGAAUGUGAUAUUUAAGUGUGUAUUGUCUCAUUUUCAGAUAUUUCACAAUUCAACAUACUACCCAGAUAAUAUUGGUAUGAUUUGUGUCAAUUUAUUGUAUGCAAUGUGUUUGCAUUGACAGUAGAACACAAAUAAUGCUGAAUAGGAAUACUAUUUCUAAGGAUUUCUUUGCCCUGGAAGACAAUAAUUCAUCAGAAAAGAUUUGCAUCUUAGGAGAAACAAGACAACAUUUUUAUUUUGAAUAUCUUUGGUGACAGAUUUUCGAGUUCAUCUGAGCCAGAGUUAUCCUUUUGUAUUUUCAUGUAAAUAAUUUUAUUGACAGUUUUUAUGUAAUAUACUAUAGGAAAUAAAGUUACAACAAAAUGUGUUAGCUGCAGCUUGUCAGAAGAGUCAUUACGCCAUGAGGAAGGGUUGCAUGCUUUAGUACACAUAAAUGCUUUUUUACACAUUGAAAUGCUCACAUUUGCAGCUGAAAUAAAGAAUUUACUGGAACUGAAACAGCUUUCAAACACACAUCAGAUAAAGUUCUUUGAUCGAAAGCACUUUUGAUUCAAUCUCAGAUUUCCAACAAAGUUAUAGUCUCACUGUUUAAAAUAAUCUCCCACAAAAUUUUUGGAUGGCUUCCAUGUUUCCGAAAAACAAACAAACAAAAAAUAAACAAAGCAAACAAAACACUACACUUGAUCUGCCUUUGUGCAUUUCAGUUUAAUAAAUAAACAUGACAAAAAAAGUACCAAUUAAGCAGCACAUUGCAUUUAUGUUUAUAAUUCAUGAAGCUAAUAAAUUAAUUACAGGUCCUUUUAGCUGGCCUGUUUUUAGACUGCCAUAGGCUUAUGAGUUAUCUGCUAGAAACAUUACCAAGUUGAACCUGGGAUUUUGUCUUGAUUAAUGUUUACCUGUUUAUCUGUUGUGGAAAAUUACUGCCAAUUCUGAUGUAAAGUUGAUGCUUUAAAUUUUUUCAGCCUAUAUUUAUGGCAAAUAAACAUGUUCAAACAAA